AUCAUCGGAUCCCGCAGCGGAAAUAAUUUGCAAGCCCAAUUCGGCGGAUGCUGAGUAAAGUGAAAUUGAUACACCGCCAGGACAAGACUCGAAUUCGCGUUCAGCUGGCGUACCAGCCCUACCGAGCACCGCAAUUUGGUCCAGUGCCCCUCGCGAUCAGGUGCACGAUCUGUGUUCCUGGCGAUUAGAUGACUUUGCGCGAUGGGGGAUCUAACGACACGAUCUUACGGCGAGAUACGUUGCCGUUCUUGUUGCCAAAAGCGGCAGGGUUCGAGGCGCUAAAGCUUAGAGAAGAUCGACUACCACUACAUCAAAAGCCCAAAGGUCGGAAUUGGAGAAUCUGUAGUCUAGGUCCUUGGUGUUUGACCCUGUCAUAUGCCACCUGCUGUCCUGUGGAGUCUGCAGACUCUUUCAGGUCGAGCGGAUGUCACUCCUGCCGAUCCGCAUGGGUACUCACCUCCGCCCGCUCCCGUUGUACCUCCAAGGCUCCAGCACAUCAAUCCUUCGUGCCUUCGGAUGCGGCCCAAAACUUGACAUGCGGGGCGUGCAGAAGAAGCAAAAAUGGAGUGCGGGUGGUGGCGGCGCAACAAGGGACGUUCAGCCGUGGCAACAGAGGCGCAGAGGAAAAAAUACUGUAUGGCGCGAGUCGGGUGAUCCGCCACGAGACAAAAGAAAGUGCAAAGACAAAUCGACUUGUAUCCUGGUUUCACAUGGAUCUUUGCAGGUAUAAUGGACUAUAAGAAGACCCCGAAGAAUGGAUGCGCUGUGCAUCACAAGGAUCAUGUAUUGCUUACUGCAGCUCAACCCUCGUCGCGGAUCAGCAGUGCGAUCCUUCUCAGAGCUAAAAACAGUAAUGAUUGCAGUUUCGGAACCGUCAAAGUCCGCUUGGAGUAUGCUCGUAAGCGCCGAAAUAAGGUCGCUGUG